AUGGUUGUAGCUCGUCAAGAGCCUCCUCAGGCGGCGCGUAGCUCAUACUUUGCAUCGCAAAGCUCUUAUUAUGCCUCACUGUACUCUGCUGCACAAGCCUCACAGUCGGCUUCUGGGACAUACGAUGAUGAUGAUGAUCAGGAUACCAGCAGCAGCGGGUACGACGACAAGACUGGAUCGGACUUCUCAACGGCAAUUGCUCUUGCUUUCGGAUCCACGACAGCAACAUUGGAAAACACUGCGACAACGACGGAGAGCAUUUCAUAUGACGCUGCUCAGUCGCAGACGAGCGAGGGAACGAUCACCUCUGAGUCGAUUGUUCAGUCCACCACAACGCCAAGUAUGACGACGAGCUAUUCGUGGACUCAACCAGCAUGGCGACCUGGAUGGCGGUCAUACACUCCGUCAUACAUCAGCACAGCGACUUCGUCUGAAACCAGUGCUGCAAGUCUGACCCCUGGACUGGACACCCAAGAGAAAGCUCACCACGGUCCAAACACAACCAUCAUUGCUGGCAUCGUGAUUCCGAUAGUAAUCUUGCUGGCGAGCGGUCUCGUAGCUUUGACUUGUCUGCGUAGACGACGAAAGCGUGCCACUGUCUCUGGCGCCGGUGAUGUCGCCGUCGCUGGCGCGGCAACACCUAUCGCGAUGGCCGAGAAGGCAGCGGAGAAGAAACCUAUCCCGGGUGUUCAUCAUACGACUCACACAACUAUAUUGUCACCGAUCGAUGAGGCAACAGCGGCCCCUCAGCUUCCCCAACUCCUCAUCACUUCGUCUCAGAAUGCAUCCUACUUCACAGGGCUCGACACAUUUUCCGUGCACUCAGCCGCCACGAGCGAGGAUCCACCACCACCCUACCGGGCACGAAGUAUGUUGAGCCAUACAUCUUCGGAGCGACGUCAGCCGAGUAUCGUACAAACUGCAGCUCUUGCACCGGUUUCACCGAUCUCACCAGUCUCCCCGGUGGCUCAUCUCGCUUCGCCGUUUUCCGACGCGAACGCGAUAUCCAUCACGAGGUCACCUUCUCAAAGGUCAUUCGCGAGUACGCUGUACUCGAGCAACGCUAGUGUAUAUGAGGCACGACCUGCACGACGAAGCACAGGACCUGCUCAGUAUGUGAUCAGUCCAAGAUCAUCGAUUGAGGAACCGGCUAGAGUGAGGUCACCAUUUGACGAUCCCGAGGAUAAUACUGCUGAUGAGCGACGUGGUGGGUUUCAAGGGUACUGA